CAGCCGCCCCCCGAGCCCCGGCGCCACCGAUGCGGAGCCGCUCGUAGCGACCCAGCCAUGGCUGGAGAUUCCCGGAUCUUCAUGAACCAGGACAUGGACAUCGGGGUCACGUCCCGGGAGCCCAAGAAGAUCCCCAAGCAGGCUCGGGAUGACGUGCCCAUCGCCACGGACAGGACCCGGCUCAUUGCCGCCGAGGGCAAGAAGCCGCGGCAGCGGUACAUGGAGAAGAGCGGCAAGUGCAACGUGCACCACGGCAACGUCCAGGAGACCUACCGGUACCUCAGCGACCUCUUCACCACCCUGGUGGACCUCAAGUGGCGCUUCAACCUGCUGGUCUUCACCAUGGUCUACACCAUCACCUGGCUGUUCUUUGGGUUCAUCUGGUGGCUCAUCGCCUACAUCCGGGGAGACCUGGACCACCUGGAGGACGAGGACUGGAUCCCCUGUGUGGAAAACCUCAGCGGGUUCGUGUCGGCGUUCCUGUUUUCCAUCGAGACCGAGACGACCAUCGGGUACGGCCACAGGGUCAUCACGGAGAAGUGUCCCGAGGGCAUCGUGCUGCUCCUGGUCCAGGCCAUCCUGGGCUCCAUCGUCAACGCCUUCAUGGUGGGAUGCAUGUUCGUCAAGAUCAGCCAACCAAAGAAGAGGGCGGAGACCCUCAUGUUCUCCAACAAUGCCGUCAUUUCCAUGAGGGACGAGAAGCUCUGCCUCAUGUUCCGGGUCGGGGACCUCCGCAAUUCCCACAUUGUCGAGGCUUCCAUUCGAGCCAAACUGAUUAAGUCCAAACAGACCAAAGAAGGAGAGUUUAUUCCCCUGAAUCAAACGGACAUCAACGUGGGAUUUGACACCGGAGACGACAGGUUGUUCCUGGUGUCCCCUCUCAUCAUCUCACAUGAGAUCAAUGAGAAAAGCCCCUUCUGGGAGAUGUCCCGCACCCAGCUGGAGAAAGAGGAGUUUGAGAUUGUGGUCAUCCUGGAAGGAAUGGUGGAAGCCACAGGGAUGACUUGCCAGGCUCGCAGCUCCUACAUGGACACCGAGGUGCUGUGGGGACACCGCUUCACCCCCGUGCUCACCCUGGAGAAGGAUUUUUACGAGGUGGACUAUAACAGCUUCCACAGCACCUACGAGACCCACACGCCCGUGUGCUGUGCCAAGGAGCUGGCCCAGUCCCGCCGGGAAGGGCAGCUCCUGGGGCCCCUGCCCAGCCUGGCCCGGGACACAGGGACAGCCAGGGAGGACGAGGACGAGGAGGAGGAUGAUGAUGAGGAGGAGGAGGAAGGCAGGGAGCCGGCGGGACUGAGCGGAGCCAACGGGACGGCGGGAGAGGGGAAGGAAGAGGUGCCUGUAUAACCCUGGAGCCGCUGCAGCACAGCCCACACCCUGCUGGGACACUGCCCUGGCCAGCCGGGCACCCCCUGGCAGCAGGGCUGGCAUUCCUGGCCUGCUGCUCAGCCUGGGCUCGCUGCACUGCACCUGCCUCAGAUCCCUCCGUUCCCUGAGGCUCUGAGCUUUGCCCUCCUCUGCAGAGCACCUUAUCUCCAUGGACAAGGCCCACUCUUCUCAUCACUGUCAAAAGCAAAAUCCCCACUGCUGGUUGUUUCAAAAGGACGUGCAGAACUCUGCCCCUCUUGCCAGGGGGUUUGACCACUCCAGAAUGUCCCAUCUCAGUAUGAAGAAUGUGAUUUCAUACCUUCACUUAACUUGUGAGUCAAUGUAUUGUAGACAUUGUUCCGGCUAAAUUAAAAGAAAAGGUAAAAACCUC